AUGUCUUAUCAACUCUCUUUUUUUUUCUCCCUGGCGUUUUCUUCCUUUCUCGUAAAUUUUGCCGCCUGCGAGCAGCCGGAUUGCCUCGUUAAAAUCGAGCACUUUACCUUUAAACCCAUAUACGGCUGCGCCUCACUUGCCAAGGAAACCUUCGCCAAGCAAACUAAUGCUACGCUCUCCCUCAGGUGCUCAGGCUACUCCGGAAUUCAGAUAAAUAAUACUCAGACAAUGAAGAAAAGAAGGAAAAGAGAAGUCAAAACAGAUAAAUGCCUAGAACAAGUCUCAUAUUUGAUAGAACUGUGGAGACGUUUCAGCCGCAUUUCAUAG